AAAGAGUAAAACCUAUAGAACAAAAAUCGUCUGUGCAAACCAUGAUUCGUACUGGUUCUAGAAUCUUCAGUGGCCCCAGAACAGCUCCGUCCAUUGCUCUUGCCCGGAAAGUCUAUCCUCUCCUCGUCUCUGCUUCUCAGCUUCAGGUUCGCCUCAUGGCCGAUUCAUCUGCUCCUUUCAAGAAGGUUCAGAUUCAGAGGGACGACACCACAUUUGAUGCAUAUGUAAUUGGAAAAGAAGAUGCUCCUGGAAUUGUUGUGCUUCAGGAAUGGUGGGGUGUGGACUUUGAGAUAAAAAACCAUGCUCAGAAGAUCUCUCAAUUUGGCUCUGGUUACAAGGCACUUAUACCCGAUCUGUACCGUGGAAAAGUUGGAUUAGAUGUUGCAGAAGCACAACAUUUGAUGGAAGGGCUUGAUUGGCAAGGAGCUGUGAAAGAUAUUCAUGCCUCAGUUAAUUGGCUAAAAGAGAAUGGUUCAAAGAAGGUUGGAGUUACUGGAUACUGCAUGGGUGGUGCCCUUGCCAUUGCAAGUUCUGUUUUAGUAUCAGGUGUUGAUGCUGUUGUAGCAUUCUAUGGAGUCCCUUCUUCUGAGCUGGCAGACCCUGCCAAGGCUAAGGCACCUGUGCAGGCUCAUUUUGGCGAGGAUGAUGGUUUUGCUGGAUUUUCAGAUAUUAAGGCUGGGAAAGAGUUGGAACAGAAGCUGAAGGAAUCUGGAGUUGAACAUGAGGUGCAUUUCUAUCCAAAGACUGGGCAUGCAUUUAUGAACAUUUCCUCCGACGGGGUACAAAGGAGGAGAACCAUGGGAGAGUCUGAUGUUGAGAAUGCCACUGUGGAGCUGGCCUGGUCUCGUUUCCGCUCAUGGAUGAACCGUUUCCUGUCCACUGCCUGAACAAACAGUAAAUCACAAUGACUUUGUUUGUAGUCUGGAGUUGUUCAGUGUUCUUGCUACAAUAAAGUAGUUACUGUGCCAAAUGCUUGUUUGGGUUGUGCGUUGUUAUGAUAUUGGACUUGUGCAUUCUAUACUUCGGCUGCACAAAAUGUGCCUAUUUUUAUGUUUGUUUUGACUUAAUAGAUAGAACUGGGCCGGGAAGGGUGGGCCGUGGGAGGGGCUGCUUAGAGCAUCUUUAACGGGAGCAUCAAUUCCUCUAAAUGCAUUGCCACAUCAAACUUCGGGAAAAAAAAACAUAUCCAACGGCAAUAUGGACUAUGGCUGUGGUGAUGACAUGGAAUGAAAAAAAGGGACGAUGUCUAUCCCACCUAGUUUCAGAAAGCCCAUCCCAUUGCCAACUCAGCAAAAAAUAAAUUCUACCAAUUUUUUUUGGAACCAUAUACUACAAGUUUUCUGG